AUGAGUAAAAUGGAAAAAUUGGCCAUGUUUGGAGCAACAGGAAUGACCGGUAUUUGUGCAUUAAAAGAAGCAUUGGAUUUGGGUUUUAAAGUUAAAUUACUUCUUCGAGAUCCUAGCAAAUUACCCAGCGAAUAUAAUGAUAAAGUGGAAAUUGUUAAAGGAGAUGUCACCAAUUUGGAAGAUGUUAAAAAAACAGUUUCUGGUGUCGAUGGUGUCGUUGUUGUUCUAGGAACGAGAAAUAAUUUGGAACCGACAACAGAUUUAUCGAAUGGUUUGAAAAAUAUUGUGCAUGCAAUGAAAGAAAAUAAUAUUGAUGUCAUAUCUGUUUGCUUAUCAGCAUUUUUGUUUUAUGAUCUUGACAAAGUUCCUCCAGUAUUUAAAGACAUUAAUGAAGAACAUGGAAGAAUGUUGGAUGUGCUCAAAUCGAGCAACUUGAACUACAUUGCGGUAUUUCCCCCCCACAUAGCGGAUAAUCCAAAAUCGGAAUACAUUGUUAAAAAUGAUGCAUCUCCUGGUGGAAGAGUUGUAUCUAAAUAUGAAUUGGGUAAUUUUUUGGUGACAAGUUUAAAAAUGGAACAACAUUAUAAAAAAAUUGUUGGCAUUUGUUCGGUGUCAUCAAUGCCUAAACAAUAA